AUGGUGGGGGGUCAUGUUUACACUAUUCAGAAUCGUAAAUCGCGUCUGAGCUCAGUUUUAUCGAGACCUUCAAACGUAUUGUGUAUUCCAGUCAGUUAAAUUAAACUCAUCAUGAGUGAACGUAAGAGAAUGCCUUCAUACAGGCCAUGGGGAUCAACAGAAGAUGGAGCAAUUGAAUUUGAAUCAUUAACUACUCAAACAUUGAAUGGAGCUCUAAAAGUAAUUCGUGAAAGUUUUUUCACUUGUGAAAACGUUUGUCUGGGUGUUGAUUUACUUUCUGAACCUGGAGCUGCAGAGGAGCUUGAACAAUUAUGCUUAGAAGCAGCUAGUGAUGGUGUUAGUGUGGUAGCAAUUGAUGUCAAUACUCAAGAAGUUGUUGGUGUGGCUUUCAAUAAACUUCAUGGUCAGCAAGAUCCUAGUGUGAAAGGAAACUUCGAAAAAUUUAGUGAAAAUUGUAAAUACAAAUCAUCCAAAGCUCUAGUCGACUUUAUGAUAAACGUUGAUUCAAGAAUUAAUUUAUUUGAACAUUAUAAUGCUGCCUGUCUAUUGGAAAUAAUGUUUUUAGCAACAUUACAAAAUUAUACUAAGCGUAGAAUUGGAGAAUUAUUAGUAUCAUCGUCUCUAGAAUUAGCAAGGCAAUUAUAUUGUGGGAACGCUGUGAAGACGGCUGUUGAAAUCAAUUGUAAUUCAAUUCUCACCAAUGUCAAUGCUAUUCCGAGCUUAGUUACUGCAAUAAUGACUUCGAAUUAUUCUCAAAAAAUUAGCAGUAAACUCGGCUUUGAUUGUUUAGUCAUAGUAAGCUUUGAUGAAUUUACUUUCAAUGGUAAAAAAUUUAGUGAGAGAAUCGGAAGCAUCCAUAAAACUUCGCGAUUAGUAGCUAAAAGACUGAGUAAAAAAUAGUGCAUGCAAUAUUACCUUAAUUGAACAAUUUUAUCAUGUUUUAAUAUAUAAAUAUAAUUAUUAUUGUUACAAGAGUUUUAAAAUUUAAAAAUUAAAGAAAGUUUUUUAAUAUUACGUGCAAUGUAUAUAAAUAUGUUUUCAUCGAUAAGAAAUCGAAUAUAUU